CCUCUGGUUCUCCCCAUCAUCACAACUCACAAGCUGCAAUAUCCAAAAUUCCAAAUCAUUCUUCUCUCGGCGACGCGAUUGGCAGAAGCGGCCAUGGAGAAGGGGAAGGCCCCAGCGGAGGCAGCGGAGUCGGCCGCGGCGUGUGCGGCGCAGCUGGUGCGUGAGUGGAGCACUUGGGCCAUGAAGAACGCGAAGGUGGUCGCGCACUACGGCUUCAUCCCCCUCGUCAUCCUCGUCGGCAUGAGGUCCGAACCCAAGCCCAGCCUCGCCCAGCUCCUUUCCCCCGUUUAGCUCCGUCCACCGGCCCGAUCCGCACGGUUGUUCGCGUAUUGAAUUGAUCAAUUGUUGUAUUCCUCCCUGAAUAAUUUCGAUUACUUUUUGAAUUGCUCUGAUUAUGGGUCUCCCUGAUUA